AUGAUCCUGAAGGCUGCCCGCACCCUGAGAGCCAUGCUCUUCAUCCUCGCCUCCGUGUGCGCCUGGUACUCCGGGUACCUGCUGGCAGAGCUCAUCCCGGACGCGCCCCUGUCCAGUGCCAUCUACAGCAUCCGGAGCCUCGGGGAGAGGCCCGUCCUCAAAGCCCCAGUCCCCAAGAGGCAAAAAUGCGACCACGGGGCCCCAUGCCCCUCCAACACCUACGCUUACCGGUUGCUCAGCGGCAGGGGCACGGACAGCUACGCCAAAAUCUGCUUCGAAGACGAGCUGCUCAUAGGAAAAAAGGUUGGAAAUGUUGGGAGAGGAAUCAACAUCGCCAUUGUCGACUACGUGACCGGGAAAGCGGUAGCAGCGCGGCAUUUUGAUGUGCAUGAAGGAGGUAACUCCGGAGCCAUGGCCCAGUUCAUCCGGGGCGCGCCCGCGAAGUCCCUGAUCUUCAUGGUGACCCAGGAGGACGGCAGCGCCCACCUGCAGGAGGACGCCAAGGAGGCCAUAGGAGCGCUUGGAAGCAAAGAGAUCAGGAGCUUACGGCUCAGGUCCAGCUGGGCCUUUCUCACAGCCAAGGGCUUUGAACUUCCCGCGGGACUCCAGAGAGAGGAGGUCAGCCACAUGGAUGAUGCAAAGGACAGUGUCUCAGGCUGGCCUGCAGAAGUUCAGAUAGAAGGCUGUGUACCAAAGGAGCCAAGCUGA